UAUCGCUACGAUUGGCUCGCUCUGAAAAUAAAGUGCAAUAUUUUUUCGCUAAAAGUGCAAUACAUAUAUAGACCAUUUGCGGAUCUGUGCUACACACAAUGUCGCUGACUAUAGUGAAAUAUCGAAAAACAGCUGAUGGCGUUCAGCCCAUUACGCCCACCAUGAUAUUUAGACCUAAAAUUGAAGUGCAGCAACAGCAAGCUGUCAAGAAGAUAGCAGGCGGCAGCAUUGCGCUCGGCAAAAUACCUGCCGGAGCUAUCAUCAGGACAAGCAUGAAACGAGCCUCGACCAGCGCCACAACUCCAGCAUCUGCGUUGGUAAAGGCUCCCAAGUUUGUGAACCAAUCGAGCGGCGAUGGCAGCUCAUCUUCUCCCACGCUCUCCUGGCAAACGUCCUCACCGUUGAUCAACAUAAGAAAGGAAUCUUUAGGCGCUGCAAUUAGUUCACUGCCGCCCAAUACGAUUAUAAAAGCAACCACCAGACAGCCGWUAGYCACGUCCAACAGCCCAGCUGCGACUGCAGGCGCAAUGGCAUCAGUUCCAGCCGCAGCGCCCGCAGUCACAUCUGCCGUGCGUCAGGCGGUCUUCCUGAAACGCGAUAUGCCGCAGCGCACGAUGCGCAGCAUGACUCUGGGAUCCAUUGACAUGGCAUCCACAUUGCACCUGGGCGUGUCCAGCGCCCAUUUGCCGCUUUUCAAGCGCCACAUAUGCAAAUACGCAAAUCUCUCACAUCUCGACUGCUGCAUAGCACUGCGAAAGCUGCGCCUCAACGAGCCCUUUGCACUGCUCGCCGAAUUCUUCGAGCUGAGCGAGCUGGAAGUGGAGCAAACCUUUAAGCAUACGAUUGUCAAGCUGGCACGCUGCCUGCGACCCCUGAUUCGCUGGCCGGACGCCAAGCACUACUCUGAGCGCCUGAAGCACAUGCCGCUGGCGUACAGGGCGAACAUGUUGCAUGUGCGAUCGGUGAUCGAGUGCGUGGAGACGGAUUUGAGCGAGAAGCUGAACUUUGGCUGCGGCAGCUACAAGUUUAUACUGUGCCUCAACACGAAUGGUAUUAUAAGCUAUGUCUCGGACACCUAUCGCGGCGACUGCGAUGAUCUGCAAUUGUUUGAGGCUAGCAACUUCAAGGAUGUCAUUCCCAAGUACCUAACACUGUGCGCAGAGCCAGGCCAAGCCGUCAAGCGCUUGCCCAAGACUAAUGCUGACGAUAUCCUAACAGAUGAGGAGUACGAGGCACAGGACGAACAGGAGCCCAAGCCCAUAUUAAGCAAAUAUGAUGAGCAACGCCUGGCUGGUCAACUGGCCAGCAUGCAGUCUCUCUCCGUCUCGAAUGGAGCGCUCACCUCCACUCGUGCACCACAGCUGCAGCUGCCCACGUUGCGCGUGAAUGAGCCCGCCUGUCGCUCCCAGCUGCGCCAAGCGAUCGACACACUGCGAGAGUUCAAGAUGCUCGAUCACUGCGCCGUGCAGCACGCCCCUCUGCUGGGCUAUCUGAACGAGAUGUUGAUUGUGGCCGCUGCACUGUACAAUCUGCAGCAGCAGUAGGAGCAGCUGUAG